AUGUCGAAAAUUGUCCUCAUUCUCGGCGGUGGACCCAAUGUUGGACUCAACAUCGCUCGUGUUUUCUCAUCAAAAGGAUCAUACAAGACCGUAAUUGUAUCACGAAAUCCUAAAGAAGAGCUCAUCAAGGCGACUGAUCUUUCCCUCCAAGCCGAUUUCACUGAUCCCAAAAGCAUCAAACGCAUUUUUGAUGAAGUGAAACAGAACUUUGGAGUUCCAAAUGUUGUUGUAUAUAAUGCCGCAGCGUUAACAGUCACUCCUGAUCCUCUCUCUGUGCCAUUGGAAAAGUUCAAUGAAGACCUCAAUGUAGUCAUUACUUCAGCAUAUGCUGCUGCACAUGAGGCUGUAGAGGGAUUCAAAACUCUUCCUGAAGCUACUAACAAGACAUUUAUUUACACCGGAAAUAUACUGAAUCGUCAAGUCAUCCCAUCGUUACUUGCGUUUGGCAUUGGAAAGUCUGGCGCAGCUCAUCUUAUCCAAAGUGCUUCAGAAGUGUAUAAGAAAGAUGGAUAUAGGUUUUAUUGGGCGGACGAACGAACGGCAGAGGGAGGGCCUAAAGGCAACGCAAUUGAUGGUGAAGCACAUGGAGAAUUCUACUAUGAAUUGGCGACGAGUGAGGAGCCUUUGACUUGGGAUGCCACUUUCGUGGCUGGAAAAGGCUAUGUUGACUUCAAUGGAAAACUGGAGUGA